UUAUUCAUGUUAGCCUCAUGACGUCAGCUGAACUCGCAAAAUGGCUGUUAUACAUGCGGUGGUUGGAAACAUCCCUGCAAAAUAUCACUCGAAAGACUUACGUAACUUUUUUUCCUCUAUUGUUGAAACCGAUGGCUUUGACUGUUUUCAUUAUCGUCAUCGUCCUGAAGUGAAGAGACUACCGCAGAAACAAUUGCCUAACAAUCAUGAUAAUAAAUCUCUUUCCUCAUGCUGCUGUGUAAUUCGUGUUCCUGAAGCAAGAUUUGAGGACCUUUUUGACUAUAAUGAACGUCAUUGGAUUAAUGAAAAAGGCGAAUCAAUGAAGUCACAGUGUCAUAUCAGAAAAAUACGUUUCUCUUGUCAGUCUCAAGACCAGAUUCCAUACAAAACCAGAGAGGAACAAACUCAAAUUCCUGAAGAUCGCGAAGUAUUUACAAAGACUGACCUUGAAAACCUUCCUGAACUCCAUGCACCUACUGUUAUGCCAAAAGGAAAUGUAGGCACUCCAACUUAUGUUUUCUUAGAAUUAAUCAAUCAAUGCAAAUUACCACCAAGGAUUAUCAGUAAAUUGCAACUUGAAUUUCCUAAAGUAACUUAUAACAACAUAUAUGGACGUGUUCCAUGUGACUAUGAUAUACAGUGUCUUCCUAGUUCUGGUAACACUCUUGAAACAGGCUCAAGAAAUGAAAAUUUUCAGAAAAAUCUUUCCAAAAGGAAAUUAAAUCUUAUAAAAAAUCAAUUUAGUAAAAGACAAAAAGAAAAUACAAAUGAAGCAACUACUACUACAACUAAUACUACUGUUGAUGAUGAUAGUAGUAGAAGUUGUAAUGAUAGUCUAAGAACUGAUGCAAAUAUUGAUGCUAGCACCAGCUGUCAUUUAGGUGUAUCUGCUAAUAAUGAAAGCAGAGAAAAUGGUACUGACAUUUCUUUAACUACCUCUGAGAAUCUUCAUUUUGGUGCAAACCCUCAUAGCUCUCAUAAAAUUCAGAUCCACCCUCCACACUCAAAUGGUAGGAUAGUUUGUGAUAAAUUGGAGAAAAAUGAUGUUAAAAUAUCACAAAAAACUGAUGUUUCAGAAAAAAGGCGGUUGAAAAUGGAGGAAAAAGCCAGGAGAAAACAAAAUAUCGCUGAAAUGAAGAGAAAAAUGGCUUUGAAUAUUGAAGAAAAAAUGAUUGAGUUUGAUCGUGGUUCUGAUUAUUCUGAAGAAGAUGCUGAUUAUUGUGAAGAGUGGGAACGCCAUGAAGCAUUGCAUGAUGAUCCAAGUGGCCAAGAACGAAACAAAGAACGAUUGUUUGAAGAUGAUAUUGAACUGAAAUGGGAGAAAGGUGGUAGUGGUUUGGUCUUUUACACUGAUGCUCAGUAUUGGCAACAAGAGGAAGGUGAUUUUGAUGAACAAACUGCUGAUGACUGGGAUGUUGACAUGCGUGGUUAUUAUGAACCAGGCUCUGAGGACAUGGAUGGGCGAGACUUCAUAGCCAUGAGACAGAAAAAUAGACUUUCUGAAGAUACAGGCUAUAAAGACCGUGUUGAUUUAAAAAUUGGUAAAUUUGAAAAACAUACAAGAGGUUUUGGACGUAAAAUAAUGGAACAGCUUGGCUGGAAAGAAGGCGAAGGACUUGGAACCACUUCUUCUGGAAUGGCAGAAGCCCUUGAGAAUUUUGGGAAAAAUCCCUACAACAAGUCUGGUAUUGGGUUUCGUAAGUCACAACUGUCUAAAAAACAAUGGUAUAUGAGCAAACGAGAAGAAUAUGACUGUGAUAUUCCAUUUAUUUCAACUAUAUAUGAUAAUCCGUCGAUCACAGAUCCUGAAGAGACCCUACUUAGAAGAAAUGAACCUUAUCAACUUAAAAGAAGAAAAUAAUCUGAAUAUUUAAUUAUAGUUAUUUUUAUAUUGAAAUAAAUAUUUUUGUACACUA